GCAUUAAGCUUCGUCCCUAUCAAAUAGAAGGUGUUAACUGGCUGGUGCAGUGCUAUGAAGUCCAGCAUGGCUGUAUCCUGGGUGAUGAGAUGGGUCUUGGGAAGACUUGUCAGACUAUUUCCCUACUUCUUUAUUUGACAAAAAAAUUAACCAACAAAGAGAGAUUUCUGAUACUUUGUCCUCUGUCUGUUCUGAGCAACUGGAAGGAGGAACUGGAGAGGUUUGCUCCAGGUAUUUCUUUUGUAACAUACAUAGGCAACAAAGAGGAGCGACCCAAACUGCAGCAGAACCUGAAAGAACACUCUCACUUCCACGCACUCUUGACAACAUAUGAGAUCUGUCUGAAAGAUGCAGCAUUUCUAAAAUCCUUUAACUGGGCUGCCCUGGUUGUAGAUGAAGCUCACAGACUGAAAAAUCAAAGUUCUCUGCUUUACAAGGCACUUUCUGAGUUCUCAGUGGGCUUCAGCCUGCUACUCACAGGCACUCCAGUCCAGAACAGCCUCCAGGAACUGUACUCCUUACUCAGUCUUGUUGAGCCUGACAUCUUUCCUAGGGAAGAAGUGAAAGAGUUUGUUGAGUAUUACCAAGCGAUUGAAAAGGAGAGUGAGCCAGCCAAAGAAUUGCACAAUCUUCUGCAGCCUUUUUUGCUUCGGAGAGUCAAAUCUGAAGUGGCUGCCGAGCUGCCAAAGAAGGUGGAAGUGGUUCUGUACCAUGGAAUGUCAGCUCUGCAGAAGAAGUACUACAAAGCCAUUUUGACAAAAGAUUUAGAUGCAUUUGAAAAUGAAACAGGAAGGAAGGUUACACUGCAGAAUGUCUUAAUUCAGCUUCGGAAGUGUGUUGCCCACCCAUACCUUUUCAGUGGUGUUGAGCCAGAACCCUUUGAGAUUGGAGAGCAUAUUGUUGAAGUCAGUGGCAAGAUGUGUUUGUUGGAUAAACUCCUUUCAUUCUUGUAUGCUGGUGGCCACCGUGUCUUGCUCUUUUCUCAGAUGACUCAACUGCUUGAUAUCUUGCAAGACUACAUGGACUAUAGAGGCUACAGCUACGAGCGGCUGGACGGCUCUGUUAGGGGUGAAGAGAGACACCUUGCCAUUAAGAACUUCGGUCAACAGCCCAUCUUUAUCUUCCUGUUGAGCACCAGAGCAGGUGGCGUUGGCAUGAACCUGACAGCAGCAGAUACAGUGAUUUUCACUGAUAGUGAUUUUAACCCACAAAACGACUUGCAAGCAAUAGCAAGAGCUCACCGGAUUGGGCAGCACAAGCCUGUAAAAAUUAUUCGCUUGAUUGGGCGAGAUACGAUUGAAGAAAUAAUCUACCGAAGAGCUGCUUCUAAGCUCAGGCUGACAAAUGCUGUCAUAGAAGGGGGUCAGUUUGCUCUGGGAGCACCCAAGCCUCAGGGAGCAGCAGAGUUACAGCUGAGUGAAAUCUUGAAAUUUGGCUUGGAUAAAUUGCUCUCCUCUGAGGGGAGUACUAUACAGGAUGUGGAGCUGGAAAACAUCCUUGGAGGGACAAAAGGAGGGAAGUGGGUAACGGACGCUAUGUUGCCAUGUGAAGAAGAGAAAGAAGAGGAGGAUACAGAGAAUCACAUGUACGUAUAUGAAGGCAAAGAUUACUCUAAAGAACCCAGCAGAGAAGACAAAAAAGCAUUUGAUCAGCUUUUGGAUCUUCAGAAAGCAUUUGUCGAAGAGACCAGUAAGGAAGGGAGAGCUCUCCGGAACAAAGCAAAUGCCCUUCUCACAGGCCUUCGGGAGCUGUCAGCCAGGAGGAAGCACUUGUUGAGUGCAGAGGAGCUGGAGGCUAGGAGGAAGAAGCGCCAAGAAGCAGCAGCCAAGAGAGCAAGGCUCAUGGAGGAAAAGAAGGCAGCAAAAGCAGAGGCAGAACACAAGAAAAAGAUGGCUUGGUGGGAGGCAAAUCAUUACACAUCUACCUGCCUUCCUUCAGAGGAAAGUGGCUCUGAGGAAGAGUUUGAGGAUGAUGAGGUUGGGCCAAAUGUGGAUUUAGAUACAGACCAGAACCGUAUCAAGUACGUCAUGGGAGACGUAACCCACCCCAAAGCAGAAGAGGAAGAUGCCAUCAUUGUCCACUGCCUAGAUGACUCCGGCCGCUGGGGAAGGGGUGGUUUAUUUACUGCUCUGGAGGCUCGUUCUGAUCAGCCAAGGAAAAUAUAUGAGAUGGCAGGAAAGAUGAAAGACCUGGAGUUAGGAGGAACCCUGUUAUUCCCCAUUGAUGAUAAAAAAUCCAGGAAAAAAGGACAAGACUUGUUGGCCUUGAUUGUAGCUCAGCACCGGGAUCGGUCCAACAACUUGUCUGGCAUUAAGCUGUCUGCUUUGGAAAAGGGCUUGAAGAAGAUUUAUUUAGCAGCCAAGAAAAGGAAUGCAACAGUUCAUCUUCCACGUAUAGGAUAUGCAACAAAAGGUUUUAACUGGUAUGGGACUGAGCGGCUCAUCCGGAAGUAUCUGGCAGCACGGGGUAUCCCCACUCUGAUAUACUACUUCUCUAGGAAUAAAGACUCUUCCUCUGCUUCACAGCCAUAUUCGUCUUCAAUGACAGUCUCAAAGCCAUGA